AGUUAUGCUGGGUGCGAAUUCUUUGCGUGAGAGAUAGGGGAUUCCCUGGCGUUCGUAAUCUUGUUUUGUGUCUUCAUCGUUUGUCUGAUCAGCUCAGUUUCUCCGCGUAAACCGAUGCAUAUAGUGCUCAGACAAUGUUUUCGACUCAAACGGUUAUGAAAUUAGCUUUGGUCGUGUCUUUGUUAGUUGGCUCAGUUCCAACAUUGUGCAGAGCAGCACAAUGCCGAGCAGAAAAAGCAAUCCUAUACGGGAUCAAUGAUUUAUUGAAUGAAGAAAUCAUCCAUCAUAAUAUGCGGUCAAGUCACACGAAUUUCAUCGACAAAUUGGAGUUCGUCCUCCAGCAGCUGAACAACCGAAUCAGUCGACAAAGUGGAAGCGCAGGAUGCAAAUCGCUGGAGAAUGAAAUUAUAGAAAGCAGUAAACGAUAUUCAGUGACUGUCGAAGGUUUGGAAAGUGGCCAGAUGCGUUUGAGGAAGCUCUUGGAUCACUUGGAUGCCCGAAAUAAUCUCCAGCAGCAAGAGAUCAACAAUCACAGUUAUUUACAGAGUGUUUGUGAAACGGAUAAAAAUGACAUUCAGGAAACAUUUAACCAAAUGAACAAAACCUUUAUUGAUCUGGAGAAAAAGUUUGACAAUCAAACGGCAGAGGUCACUAGAUUGAAAGAUGAAAAUCGAAAAUUGCAAGCGAAAGUUAAUAAAAACUCAGCAGCUGUGCAUGGUGAAACCGGAGUGAUUAGCGGGACUGAUGAAAUUGUUACAGAGGCAACAACGGAGGGUACGGCGGUUUCACCCGGUUCUUUCAACAAUACAACGCCUCUUAUCGAUACACGUGCAGGAGAAACGGACUAACAUGUCUGAAUAAUUAUAAAAAUUUAGUGUGAAAAUAUUCCAUACAAAAAAUAUAAUACCUGAAAAUAAAUCAAUCAAUCAAUCAAACACAAUUUGUCAAUGUUUCUUUUUUUUCAAAAAUGAUGUGCUAAACUUUGAAACGAGGAUCAUUGAAUAGUUGUUUUAAUGCUGAUUGGAUAGGAGUUAUUUGUUAAAAAUACCAUUUUGAAUUCUUA